AUGGCACAACAAUUAAAAACGUCUCUCCCUGAGACCUUCGCAGCCAUCAACGCCCAACGGCCCUCGCCGUCAUACCUGCACCCCUCACAAGAAGAGCAAGACAAAUACCUCCAAGGCAGACCUGGGGCUACACAACAGCACCUAGAGAUCGCCUUACAGCAUGCACAGCAAAUCCAAACCCAAAAGGAUGCCGAAGAUGUCAUCCUAAACAACAUUCUUGACCUCCUCGAUUUACCCUCAAACCCAAACGCCGACCCCGCCGCACCGUCCGAAGAAGACGCACGGAAAUUGAAAAUCUCACUAGCCCCCUUCCGCCCAAGCGACUACGACAACCUAAUCUUGGAGCGCAACUACGGUGACCUGUGCGGUUAUAGUCUAUGUCCGAAACAGCACCGGAAAGAAAACAGAGGCCGGGGCGGCGGGUUUCGAUUUACGUAUGGUGCGAAGGGGAGCGGGCCAGGGGGGCGCGGACGCGCCGUGGAUAUUGUUCCGCAGGACAAGGUUGAGAAAUGGUGUUCGGAUGCGUGUGCUGAGCGCGCUCUUUGGCUCCGUGUGCAGCUUUCUGAAGUGCCUGUGUGGGAGCGGCGGGCUGGUGAUACGCGGGGUGGGAUGAUUCUUUUCCUUGAGGAGGCACGCGCUAGACGGCAGAAGGCUCCUGCGGCUACUGGCACUGUUUCUUCUGUUGCGGAUGGUUUGCAGAAUCUGAAGCUUGGAGAUAGGGCUCGUGAGCUUGCGAUUGAGCGAGGUGAUACGAGUGCUAUUGUCCGGAAUGGACGUGUGAACAUCGAUAUCAGGGAGAACGAGCGGGCAUCUCAGCGAGCUGUUGAUGCUCCGCAGAUGCGUCCCGAGGAUGUCAUGGGUGGCUCCAUUGAGGGUUAUGUGCCCAGAGAGCAGCAAGAGCGACAUAUCCAAGACCAAGAUGGAGACAUUGAUGUGCUCGAUCAGAUUUGA